GAACCAGGAGAUGUGGUGGCCGCCCUGACGGGGCUGCUGGGGGCCCGGCACCUCGCUGGGCCGCUGGAAUCCCAGAGCACCUGCUCUUCCGCUGCCUCCUGGCGGGGUCGCCGCGGGGAGGGGGCCGGGGCCCGGAGCGUCGAUCGCGGGCGCCCUGGGGUGAGGCGCCCUCCCCGCCCGGCUCAGGACGGGCGCGCCGCCAGGGCUGGGGAGGGGCGGCGGGAAGGGCGGGGGCCGGCGCGGGGCAGGGCCAGGCCGGGCUGCUCCGGGGCCGGCGCUCUCCGAGAAGCCCAGCGCUCGCCCCGAAGGUGUGCGGAGCGCGUGCCAUGAGGACCCUGUGGAUGGCGCUGUGCGCGCUGGCGCGGCUGUGGCCCGGGACCCUGGCCGGCUGCGCCGACGCGGGGCGCUGCUGCCCCGGCCGGGACCCCGCCUGCUUCGCCCACGGCUGGAGGCAGGACAGGGUCUACGGGACGUGCUUCUGCGACCAAGCCUGCCGCCUCACCGGGGACUGCUGCUUCGACUACGCCAGGGCGUGCCCAGCUCGCCCGUGCAUCGUGGGGGAGUGGAGCCCCUGGAGCGGCUGUGCGGACCAGUGCAGGCCCACGGCCCGCGUGCGGAGGCGCGCGGUACGGCAGGAGCCCCGGAACGGCGGCGAGCCCUGCCCGGCCCUGGAGGAGAGAGCCGGCUGCUUGGAGUACGCGACGCACCAGGGCCAGGACUGCGGGCACGCCUUCGUCCCUGCCUUUAUAACUACCUCUGCGUUCAACAAGCAGCGAACAAGACAAGCGGCCUCCCCACAGUGGUCCACAGACACAGAGGAUGCUGGAUACUGUAUGGAGUUCAAGACAGAGUCAUUGACUCACCACUGCGCCACGGAGAACCGGCCCCUGACCCGAUGGAUGCAGUAUCUCCGAGAGGGCUACACGGUGUGCGUAGAUUGUCAGCCUCCAGCUAUGAACUCUGCGAGCCUUCGAUGUUCUGGAGACGGCCUGGACUCUGACGGAAAUCAGACCCUCCACUGGCAAGCAAUUGGCAAUCCUCGAUGUCAAGGAACUUGGAAAAAAGUUCGGCGAGUAGACCAAUGUUCCUGUCCAGCUGUUCACAGUUUUAUUUUUAUAUAGAUCGUGAUAUAAGUAUUUCAAAAUGUGCUUGUAAACAUGCUAAAUACUAGCAAGUCAUGUUCAGUGCUUCAUAAUUCUUUAAAAACCCUUUGGCCAAAGUUCCUGAAUAUAUGUCGUUGCCACACUCUGAAGUAGAGAAGGGAAAUUUGGGGGCCAGUUCUCAAGAAACACAGUGCCUUUAUUUUCAUUUUUACUAAGUUGAGGACCCACCCUAAAGUCUCCUGUGGUUUCCUGUCCUCGAUCUGUCACCUGGAGUCUCCUCAUUCAAUAGGUGGCCCAUUGGACACAGUGUUCAUCUGUUUGCACUAAACUUACUACAUUUUAAUGGUCCAUUUAUUUGGUAAGUUGUCAUUUAAGGGUAUCCACGAUUUGAAUCUUGCAUUCUUUCUUUCUAUUCUGUAAUCUCUUAAAAACUUCUUUCUUUAAAAAAUGUCUACAGAUAUAUGUACACUCACACAUACAUUUCCCAUGUAUUAUUCCAUAAAUUCUGAAAUAAUAAGUUCAAGCAAAUUGUCACAAAUAAUUUUCCACAGGACAAGUUGUCUGAGAUUUAGUAAGCAUUUUGUUAUGCGAAACCAACAGUUCUGCUAAAACUACUUUCUUUUUCGUUUUUUUUGGCCGCGCUGCUCGGCAUGCGGGAUCUUGGUUCCCCGACCAGGGAUAGAACCCGUUGUCCCCUGCAGUGGAAGCACAGAAUCCUAACCACUGGACCGCCAGGGAAUUUCCUAAAAAUACCUUUUUUUUGAAAUAGAAGAAAUUUUCUUCGGUUAAUUGAAAAGCAUCAAUCAAACGUUCGUUCUAGGUCAGCACAAGUUCCUUUAAAUGUUAUAAUUUCCAUGAAGUGAAAUUUUGGCACCAAUGAAUGAAACAAUUGCUUUAAUUAUGGACAUUCUACCGUCAUUAAUAUCCAAAAUUUUCUCCGAGGCUUAAAGCCUGAAGUUGACUAAAAUAAUUUUGGAGUCCAACUUCAAGUUUAAUUGAAGUAAACUUACUACUUUUUUUUUUCCCCCUACAGCACGUAUUUUCUUUUGUUUGGAGUAGAAGGCAGAGGUAUAGAUUAUGGAAGGCAAAGAUUUAUUACGAAUACUAUGAUCCCCGCCCCCCCCCAUGCCCCUCCCUGCCAUACACA